AGGGUCCCCCUCUGUAGCGGAAAAAAAAACGACGACGCAAUCCAAUCCUUCUUCUCCCCAGUCCGCCUCCCUCCGCAGUCCCCGCUCUCCGCCCACCGGAGAGCUCGUCGCGGCGCGGCGCGGCGGAGCCGAGCUCUACUCCUCUUCCCGUGCCUUUCUUUCCUCUCCCUCCCGAGUCCUCCCGACCUACCGACGCGGCUCUGAAUCUCUUCUGUAGCAUAUCCCACAGGCUACAGCUGACGCCUCGAUCCCGCCUCCGCCCCCACACGAUCCGCCGUCACCGUUCUUCCUCGCCGGGACGUCGUGUUCCUGCUGUAUCCACCCCGUCCGCAGUCUUUGGCCAUUGGGUUUUGAGAUUUGGCUCUGGUUAAUUCUAGAAUUCAAGAAGUUGGAAACAUGAGCUACUGCCAAGCUACAACGUACAAGCCUCUUGGUGGGCUCACUUUGGACAGACCAUUAGGCCUUGGGAGAACUUGCAGAAUACUUCCUCAACAUCAUUCUGUAUGGCAACAUUUUUCUAGAUCUUGCAAGCUGCAAGAGAAAGUAUAUCCAAGGCUUGUUGUUGCUGCUUGCCAUAAGAGGCUUGGUCCUGUAUAUGCCUCAAGUGGGAAGGGAAACCUUGAUCCAUUCUCUAUGGAAUCUUUGAACAAAGCAAUGGAUGGAGCAAAAAAGCAACAGUCUAUACAAGGCUUCCUGAUGGAGCAAAUGGCUAAGAUUACAGGACAGGGGUCUGGUGGAAAUGGAGGGAAUAAUAACCGUUAUGGAGGCAGCGGUGGUGGUCCUGAUGGCCCAGAUGACGAAUCUUUCACGGAUUCAUUGUAUGAAGUGGUCCAAGUUGUGUUAGCAACUGUUGCUUUUGUACUCACGUAUAUCCACAUCAUCAGAGGAGAGGAGUUGUACCGCCUUGCAAGGGACUACACCAGAUAUGUCGUCACUGGCAAGAGAACGUCCCGGCUGAAGCGUGCCAUGCUUAACUGGCGUGAUUUCUCAGAUAGCAUCACAAAGAAUUUCAGCACACAAGACGAUGUGUAUGGAAGCCCGGUCGCUUCUGAAGCCAUGUGGUGGCAACAGCCCCAGAAGCUGGUUCAUCAUCUCGGUGACCUUUUCAGAGGCAACCUGCGUCCACAUGCCCAGGAAUCUUAAACCAUAGCAUUCCACGGUUGCCUUCGAAUUUUCACCUCAGAAACUUCUGUUUCUGAUCAUCUAGUUUAUGCCAGUGCUAAGUAAAUGGACGCAACUAGACGAUCAGCUGUUGUUUCUGCCGGAUGGCGAUUAUUGCCUAGCAGUACUGAGAUUCAUUCAUAUGAUGUCAUGAUGUCUCUGUCUGUAUUGACUACAGAACAGGAGGGGCACGAGUUAAUUCUUGUCAGCUUUGAAGGUCAUGUAACGUAACAUCAUUGCUAUGGUCGCCUGCUCGUCAAUAGGGUGCAGCAGCAGCUGGCAGCUUGAAUGCCGAAUCUGAUGGAUCAGAACCGCAAAAGGUCCAAGUACUGUCAGUUAGUCAAUGCGGCAAAGAAGUGUACUGCCUUCUAUAAAGAAUGUUGUGGUGUUGUCAGUGUGAUUUGCUCUCGCAUGGGCCAUGGUAGUUCAGUUUGCCUAGCCUAUUUGAGUUUAGACUUGCAAGAUAACCUUUCCCUUUGUUGCUGUCUUUAUGUACUGUACUACUGUAUAUCAGAAUGCAGUUUGGCUCUGCAGGCGCCAUGAACAA